GGCAGCAUGUAAAGAGCGUAAAGUUGAAAAGUUUUGUUGAUUAGAUUGAAUUAAUCUCCAAGUUUUUGGCAUUAAAACUUUGACAAUUAGCUUAAUUGUCGAAUUAGAGAAAUUUAUGUCUAAUUAACUGUGAGAAAAUUUAUUGAAUAGUUUGAGUUAAAAUUUCUCAUCAAAUGAAUGGAACUUUUUUUUUCUCUCACUUCGAGUUAAGUUCACAAACGAACCCACGAAACGAUAUUAUAAACAAUAUGAACUCGAAGGUAAAUCGUUGAGUCUUCACUUUUUCCAAUUCUAUCAACUAUUAAUUAAUAUUUAGAUAGUUAUGAUUGUGUCUCCCUUUAAUUGUUUGAAUCAGGCCUUGAUUAGAUACUUAAUAACAAUAUCUAUUAAUUGUAAAUUAAUAUAAUCAUUGAGCCGAAUCAGUUUAAAUUGUAUAAUCAGAAUUGAUUGUUGAAAAAAAAAGCAGAUUAAAAGUUGAACAAUUUUUUGGUAAACUUUAAAUUUAUAUUAUUGAUCAGGUUGAUAAACGAUAAAUAAACUAAAAACAAUUAAUAUACCGGUGAAAAACUAAUUACCAUUAAGUUGAUUACUUCAAACUCAAAUGACCUAAUAGUAAAUUACUUCAAGUGAAAAUGUUGAAUUGUAGUUAACGAUUUCUAAUCAAAUGAUCAAUAAUGAUAAUAAGAAAGUCCAAUCAUAAUCAGCUGAAAAUCAAUCAUGAUAAUCAUGAUAAUGAACAUUUUAAUUGUGUAAACUUUUUUGCAAAUCAAGGGUAAAGGGUAAACAACAAUCAACAAUCAACAACAACAGCAACAAAAUAGUAACCAAAAUGGUAAAUUGUUAACAAUUACUAAAUAUCAAUCAAACAGUUGAAACCAAAAUGGUUUUCCAAUCAAUUUAAUUAAUUCAAUUCUCGAGAAACAAAAAAACUUUUAUCAUGUAAAUUUGUUCAAUAUUUUGAAUGAAAUAAUAAAUAUCUUUUUUUUUCACAAGUGAAACUUCAGAAAACAAAAAUUCAUUGGAAAACUUUGAUUGACAAUAUUCAAUUUUCCUCAUGAAGUUAUCUCCAUCUCCAUCCUCAUCCCUCUCAACAAUUUUCACCUUUACCUCAAUUUUUCAAUGUAAUUAUUAUCAUUGGUGUGCAAUAACCAAUUUAUACUUUACCUUUACCACUCACCUUACCUUGGAUACUCUUGAACCUCAAAUAUUUCAAUUCCGUGAGCCUAAACCCACCGAUUACCUUUACUCAGGUCUCAUGAACCUUGGGAUAAUAAUCAUCAUCUAUUUACUCCUAUUAACCAGGUUUGGUUUUCAUGGUGUUCAGGCGAUACUUUUUCUGUUACCUGGUCUACUCAUGGUGAUCACCAUUACCUUUCAAAAGUUAUUACCAAUAUUAACUGAGUACGAUUGGUUUGAUCUUCGAUUACUUUUACUUCCAUCGACUUUUUUUCGAGCCUCCCAGGUAAUCAUUUCAAUCUUACCACCAAUGAUUUGGUUCCAUUCCUUACAAACUCUGCCCACCGAAAUAAGGGCCAUUGGAUUUACACUUGUCUAUGGAUCUGGAAUCCUUGGUAAACUUGCUGCACCCAAUCUAAUAGUUCUGGGUGAAAUGUACGAUAGCUCAAUAGCAAUUGGAUUAUGUGGAUUAAGCUGCUUAAUUGCUGGUGGAUUAUCAUUUGUGUUUCCAAAAAGGUGUGAAACUUUAUCCUUAGUGGGUUCACCUUGCAUUUCAAGGUCAAAAUUUCUUUCAACACCAACAUCGGAUGAACUUAUGGACAGUCAAUCAAUUGACGAUUCCCAUGUUCAUCGUCACAAUCAAACCAAUAGAACCAAGAAUCGGGUCACAAGGACAUUAACUGAACCUUCAGAAUUGUCACUUCAAUGUUCAACUGAAAGUUAUCUAGUUGAUGAGAAUGAUGAAGAAACAAAUACGAUCUAUGUGGUCAAUGUAAACUGACCCUUACAAUACAAGAAAACCAAAAAAAACCAACAACCGCAUUUGUAUCAAUAAAAAAUGAGUUCGUUAAGA